AUGAGGAGGAUCUCCGCGGCGGCGGUCUCGACUCCAACAUUCGCCGCGUCUGCGUUUACGUAUGGCGCUAGCCCCAGACGGCACUUGCGCACCUACACGCCGCUUUGCCGCGAACCUGCACCAGCCGAUGCCCGCAUCAAAGGUCUGGGCAAAGAGAUAGCCGAUGAAUAUGCCCUGUUGCGGGACAGCUACCAAGCCCCCAAAUACCCCAUCGUGUUAGCCCACGGACUCCUAGGCUUUGCCGAGCUCCGACUGGCCGGCUCCUAUCUCCCGAGCAUCCGUUAUUGGCACGGGAUCCAAGAGGCCCUGACCGCCCACCAUGCCGAGGUCAUCACCACUUCGGUACCCCCCAGCGGCUCCAUCGAGACCCGCGCAGCCAAACUCGCCGAGGGCAUUGAGGCCCAGGCCCACGGCCGCAGCGUCAACAUCGUUGCCCACAGCAUGGGUGGUCUUGACGCCCGUUACAUGAUCUCCCAGCUACGCCCGUCCUCUGUCGACGUCAAGUCCCUCAUCACCGUGGCCACCCCACACCACGGCAGCCCCUUUGCUGAUUACCUCCUGGACGGCAUUGGCCCAGACUACCUACCGCGUCUGUACGAGCUGUGGGAACGUACCACCGGUUGGGAGCCCCGCGCGUUUUCCCAGUUAACGACCAGGUACAUGGCCGACGAGUUCAACCGCAAGACUCCGGACGUUGAAGGGGUGCGGUAUUUCUCGUAUGGCGCUGCGGUGAAGAACAAGCCGCCGCUGCUGAGUCCGUUCCGCCACUCUCAUGGCGUCAUUGAGCAGCUUGAGGGGCCCAACGAUGGGCUGGUCAGCGUUGAGAGCAGCAAGUGGGGGACUUACAAGGGGACGCUCCUGGGUGUGAACCAUUUGGACUUGAUCAACUGGAGCAACCGGUUAAGAUUCACCGUGCAAAAGUGGAUGGGCCAUCCACCGUCGUUCAAUGCGGUAGCCUUUUACCUCGACCUUGGCGAGAUGCUUGCCAAGGAAGGAUUGUAG